AUGGCGAAUAUAGACCCGAUCAAGAAAUUCAAGCGCAUCGGCGUGGUCGGCGCGGGCAGCAUGGGAUCGAUGAUGACCUUUGCUUUCUCCGAGAUGGGCCUCGAUGUAUCAGUCUUCGACGUGGAUAAAAAGAACGUCGAUAAAGUUACAAACUGGGCUAAGAGCGCCAACGAUGUCAGAGGAAAGAUUACUGGAUUCUACAACGUCGACGAAUUCACGAAAAGUCUCGAGGGCGGAGAGCGCAAAAUAUUCAUGUUCUCCAUUACACAUGGCCACCCUGCAGAUUCGGUUCUUGGCAUGAUCAAGCAUGACCUGAAGAAAGGCGACAUUGUUCUAGAUGGCGGAAACGAGAAUUAUCGCCGGACCGAACGCCGUCAGAAAGAAUGUGCUGAGAUCGGCGUGUCCUGGAUUGGCAUGGGUGUCUCCGGUGGCUACCAGUCUGCUCGUCGUGGACCUAGUCUUUCUCCCAGUGGAGAUGCCCAGGCGUUGGAGCUGAUCAUGCCUCUGCUGCAGAGGUACGCAGCCAAGGAUCCCAAGAGUGGCACCCCAUGUGUUACUCGUAUUGGCCCUGGCGGAUCCGGACAUUUUGUCAAGAUGGUCCACAAUGGUAUUGAAGGUGGAAUGCUCUCUACACUUGCUGAAGCAUGGUCUUUCAUGCAUUAUGGUCUGGGUAUGGGCUACGAGGAAAUCGGAGAUAUAUUCGCGCAAUGGGACUCUCGCGGUGAACUCCGGGGCAACUUCUUGAUCAACAUCGGGGCCGAUAUCCUCAGAACGAAGCGAACACCCAACGGUGAUGGAAAGGGAGAAGGAACCGGCAGCAGUGGAUUCGUUCUUGAUGAUGUUCUCGAUAAGGUGGUCCAGGACGACGAUGGUUCUGAGGGAACACCCCUCUGGUCGCUCAUGGAAUCUGCCUCACGACACGUCUCCUGUCCCACUUUAGCAGCUGCCCAUUAUAUGCGUAUUGCAAGCGGAAAUCGCCAAGAGCGAGUGCAAAUUUCUAAGAAGCUCCAAAUGCCGUCGCCUCGUCCCAUUCAAAAUACCCGGAUCUCGAAAGAGGCCAUGCUCGAGAAAUUGCGCAAGGCGGUUUACUGUUCUUUCCUAUCGUCUUUCUGUCAGGGACUGGAGCUGAUUUCCAGAGCCUCUGAGGAUGAAGGCUGGAAUAUUGAUCUGGGAAACUGCAUUCAGAUCUGGCGGGCAGGCUGUAUCAUCCAGUCCGACUACAUUGCGGAUCUGUUGCAGCCUCCGCUAUCAGGUAAGACCAGCAUGUCCAAUAUGAAAUCCAUUGAUGCAGUUUCGACGGAGCUGCACAAUAGCUUUGAUGCCUUGAAGGAUAUUGUUAUUGAGGGCACCAAGACUGAUCAGUAUCUGCCGGCGAUUUCUGCGACGCUGGACUAUCUGAAGUAUGCGGGUGGACUGGCGCUGCCGACCAAGUUUAUGGAGGCGCAGAUGGAUUACUUUGGUGCUCACAGUUAUAACAAGCCAGGUGUUGCCGGCGAAGAUCCGGGCCCUACCCACAAGGGUCUUCACCACUACGAGUGGAAGGUGGCUUAA